AUGACUAACUUUGCCGUCGGCGCGCUUUAUGAUCUCGACAGGCGGACUUUCAUCAGGUCAUCUUUGGAGAAGCCGGAUCCCGCUGAGCAUCGUCGUACACUAGAGGCACGACAAGCCCGCCGCGACGAGAAGCGACUUGAGAAGCGGCUGUGGCUGCAAGCGCAGGACGAUAUGAAGUUUUCCCACAGCAUCCAGUUCAAUGCGGUGCCCGACUGGAGCAGCCAUUAUGUCGCUUACAGCAACCUCAAGAAGCUGAUCUAUCAGCUCGAGAAGACGGCCCACCAGGCCACCGGCGGCGAUGGUGAAUCGAGACCGCUCAUCCGAAACGAAGAACCCGAAGAGGUCUUCAGUCGCGCUCUCGAUGUCGAGCUCGAGAAGAUAUGCUCGUUCUACGUGGUCAAAGAAGGAGAGCUUCUCGACGAGGUGAACGACCUGCUCCGGGACGUCGGCAACCACUCCGAAGACGAAGACAUCACGUCAACAUCAGGGCGCCGAUCGUCGGACGGACUGCAGCGUGUCGCAAGCAACCCCGGUCGUUCAUCAGUUGACGACAAUCUCGAAGACAGCGACGAAGAUGACGACGAGACAACCGGGCUCACCAAGAGCAGGAUCAGUGCGGGUGGCCGACGCAAAACCCUGCCCAACAUCAUGCCCCAGUCCAUCGGCGAUAUGACUGCGUCUGGCGAGCUGUCAAGAUCUGGACGUCGGCAGAGUCUGGCCAUGGAUGAUUAUGCCGAGCGCACGUUCGCCUUUUCUUCUGGCAUCAUGCUCAAGAAGCGCAUCACCAGCCUAUACGUCCAGUUGUGCGAGCUCAAGUCGUACAUACAACUCAACAAGACAGGCUUCCGCAAAGUCCUGAAGAAAUUCGACAAGACUCUCGACAAGGAGCUUCGGGUGAAGUACACGGCGGCUUCUGUCGACCCAGCCUACCCUUUCAAGCCUGAGACCAUGGAGACGAUCGAAGCCAACAUUGUCAAGAUGGAGCAGGCCUACACUGAUAUUGUCACCAAUGGCGAUGAGGCUCUCGCCAAGCGCGAUCUUCGCUCUCACCUGCGAGAGCACGUCGUGUGGGAGCGCAAUACGGUAUGGCGAGACAUGAUCGGCAUGGAGAGGCGUGCGGAAGCUGCCAGCCUGGGUCGAAGCCUGCUUGGCACUGAUCCGACAGCCAUCACUAGGCGCCUGCAAGGUGACAACGACGACACUCCGGUCACGAAGGAGCUCAAGACCCCGAUUGGCCGUUUUGCUGUGCCAAGUUGGCUGGCAAGCACAGCCAUGUUGCAGCUCCUGCUCAUCAUUGCCAUCUUCUUCGUCAUUCUCUUCGCCCCGAUCAUGGAGAGUCCCGAGCAGCAGAACUGUCUAGCCCUGCUGGUCUUUGUCAGUCUGCUGUGGGCUACCGAGGCCAUUCCUCUCUUCGUCACUUCGUUGACCAUUCCCUUUCUCUGCGUCGUGUUGCGGGUCGUCCGAGCGGAGGAGAAACCGUAUCAGAGGCUCGACUCAAAGUCUGCGACUGCUGUUGUUUUCUCCUCCAUGUGGACACCAGUCAUCAUGCUUCUCCUUGGUGGCUUCACCCUGGCUGCUGCACUGUCAAAGUGCAAGAUCGACAAGCGCCUCGCAACGUUUGUCCUCAGCAAGGCCGGUACCACGCCACGCACCGUUCUCGUCGCCAACAUGCUCGUCGCUGCCUUCGCAAGCAUGUUGAUCUCCAACGUCGCUGCUCCGGUGCUGUGCUUUUCCAUUAUUGAGCCCAUGCUGAGGACACUUCCUCAAGAUUCGGCCAUGUCCAAGGCUGUCAUUAUGGGCAUCGCACUGGCGUCUAACAUUGGUGGCAUGCUGUCCCCAAUUGCGUCGCCACAAAACGUCGUUGCUGUUGGCAUCAUGAAGCCCGCGCCGACCUGGAUCCAGUGGUUCUUCAUUGUGAUUCCCGUUGGCAUCGUAUCGAUUGUGCUCAUCUGGAUUCUGCUGCUCAUCACCUUCCAGCCGGGCAAGGGCACCACCAUUGCGCCCAUCCGGCCUGUCAAGGAGAAAUUCACGGGCGUGCAGUAUUUUGUGUCGAUUGUGACCAUCAUCACUAUCGGCCUUUGGUGUGCUAGCCAUCAGUUGGAGGCGGUGUUUGGCGAUAUGGGCGUGAUUGCCAUCAUCCCAAUUGUCCUCUUCUUCGGUAUCGGCAUCCUUACCAAGGAGGAUUUCAACAACUUUCCCUGGACCAUCAUCAUCUUGGCAGCCGGCGGUCUCUCGCUGGGCAAGGCGGUCAAGUCAUCCGGCCUGCUCCACACCGUGGCCGGAAUCGUGUCGAGUCGCGUCGAGGGCAUGAGUCUCUACGGCGUCCUCCUCGUUUUUUCGACACUGACACUCAUCAUUGCCACUUUUAUCAGUCACACGGUUGCCGCUCUGAUUAUCCUGCCGCUUGUGUAUGAUGUUGGCAUGAGCAUGGAGGAGCCCCAUCCCAAUCUGCUUGUCAUGGCUGGCGUGCUCAUGUGCAGUGCCGCCAUGGGCCUUCCGACCAGUGGCUUCCCCAACAUGACUGCCAUCAUGAAGGAGGACCCAACCGGACAGAGGUAUCUCCAGGUCAAGCACUUCAUCAGCCGGGGUGUGCCGAGCAGCAUCCUCACUCUCAUCGUGGCAGUCACCCUCGGGUAUGGGCUCAUGAGGGUCGCUGGACUCGACUAG